AUGAAGUCCACAUUGCUGUGGAGCUUGGUGCUCAGCCUUGUGGAGCCUGGCCUCAGUGGUCGCAUGGCGCAAGUGGAGAUGGGCACCGUACCUUGUGGCUGUGACAACAAGGUGGGCGUGCUGGCGCCGAAGUCGGCGCUGGACGGCGUCCCGCUGCCGGCGGACCCGUUCUGCCAGCGGCCGUACGUGCACGCGUCGAGGACGAACGGGAGAUACUGCAAGUGCGAUAAGGGCAAGGCGCUGAACUGGCAGUUGGCACAGGGUGCUGCCCAGAAGCGCCUGGAAGAGCUCUUCCAGCCGAAGCUCCAGGCUUUGAAAGACAUGCUCUCGAAAAUGGAGGAGACACUGGGGGUGGAGAUCGAUGCGUCGUCGCUGGACAAGGUGAAGCCCAAGGUGGUGAGCUUUCCCAGGAAGAAUGGCGAAGGGCUUUGGGUGUGCUGCUGCCAGAGUCAGCAGAAUGGCAAGUGCAAGAAGAAUGCUCAGAUGGAGUCGUCCUGGUACAAGAGUGGCAUUCACCAUGAGGCGCCCGCGCGGGCCUGCGAGGCUGAGACGGAGGUGGAGACGGAGGCCGUGCCUUCGGAGGCGCGGAGGGUCGAUGACAUCACAGCCUUUUGA